UGGAACAGAGCCGGAUCGGUAGCAGUCGCACGUACUCCAGCGAGUAGCGUAGGCGUAGCGACCACCACCAGACCAGCAGCGCUGCACAGCACCGGGCAGCCGAGCCGAGCCGGGGCGCGCGUGAGGAGGAGGAGAAACCAAAGCAGGCGUCCAUCCCCUCCCUCCCCCUUCCGCUUCCCCACCCAGGCAGAGGCAGAGGCAGGCCAGGGGGCCGAGGGAGCCCAAACAAAAGACCACCAAGGGGAAGAAGGGAAAGAAGCACGCACGCCACUGUGACCAAACCCUAGGCCGGCCGCGAUGCGCAAGGCGAGGCCGCCGCAGCCCCAGCCGCAGCCGUCGCAGCAGUCGCCGGAGAUCCGGUACCGCGGCGUGCGGAAGCGCCCCUCGGGCCGCUACGCCGCCGAGAUCCGGGACCCGGCCAAGAAGACGCCGAUCUGGCUCGGCACCUUCGACUGCGCCGAGGACGCCGCCCGCGCCUACGACUCCGCCGCCCGAUCCCUCCGCGGGCCCACCGCCCGCACCAACUUCCCGCCUUCCUCCGCCACGCAGCCGCCGCCGCGGCCUCCCCCUCCCCCCGCGGCGGCCGCCGCCGCGACCGUCACGUCCAGCCACAGCAGCACCGUCGAGUCCUGGAGCGGCGGCGGGCCCCGCGCCCCCGCCAGGGCCCGCAGCGCCGCCCGAGCUGGCACGGCCGAGGAGGGGGAGGAGGACUGCCGCAGCUACUGCGGCUCCUCGUCCUCCGUCCUCCUCUGCGAGGAUGGGGACGACGCGGCCGCCUCCCGCUCCCCGCUGCCCUUCGAUCUGAACAUGCCGCCCCCGCAGGACGGGGCCCUUGACGCCGCGGCCGCCGAGGCCGAUCAGAUGACCUGCCGCUACGACACGCUGCUCCGCCUCUAGCUCGACGGCGACGAGAAUAGCAAGGAUUCGUGGGAGGGGGAACUGGGGAAAGGAACGAGAAAAGCGCUUGCCCCCGCUCCGCUCUGCUCUGGUCCGUCUUCCGAUGAUCUUGUGGUGUUCUCUCUUUGCUAGAAAUGGAUAAUUCUUGCCACUUUUUUUCUUACUUUUUUUCCUUCUUCUUUUUUUUCUUCUUACCACUUUGAUUCGAUAUGUGAAUAAUUCAGUCAUGUAAGCUGUGAGCAAGGAAAUCUGAGCUUUUCCUUA